GACCAAGAGACAUCUUGGACCUCGCUCACCGCCAAGAUCGAGAAACGAAUAUACGCUGACAGUGUCGUCUUCGUGGGUCGCUAUCGUCUGUUCAAGGAAAUCAACUUUCAAUUUCCAUUUUGUAUCACAAAAGCAGCACUUUUCUCGACUUAACUAUAACCAAAUCCUAGCUACAGACACAAAUAUAGAGGGAACUGUUUGUUUAUUAUAAAUAGUUCGCUUCUUUUAUUCGAUUAUGCAAAUACCCAGAUGGCGAAACGUUGUUUUAUUCAGCAACACUUUGAUUCCAACGUUUUCACCGUCAACAACAUCAAUAACAAAUACCUAUCUUGCUUCAAUUCAUUCUACGCCCUCGACAGAUGAAAAAUGGAAGAAUAAAUCGAGCGCUGUGUAAUAAGAUCCUGACUCGUCAUUUGAAAAGUCCUCCAUUCUUCAUUUAUUGAGGAGAAAGCUAAUGUUUCUAGCUUUAAUGGAACCAUGCUGCAGAAACGAUGAUGGGACCUUCAUUGGAUGUAAGAAGAUUCCCACAACAAUCUAAGAAUUCCAUAAGAUAUGCAGUGCGACAAAAACGUGCUGAUGCAAAGAGAGCACUAAAAGACCUUCUCUUCAAAAGUGGAUCCCCUAAAGCUUCAUUCCAGGAUGAAAGUCCAAGAUUUGAUCCAGAGAAUUUCCGUGGUACUGGUAACAGUAGGCAUGCAAAGUCUUCUGCUCAAUAUUCUAGGAAAUCUGAUGUCAAGAAAAAGAAACGUAAGAUUAGAAGAGAGGGUUUCUGUGAGGACUCUGAUGGUCCUGAAACAGUGUUUAAUGCAACAUUUGGAAACAGAUGGUACACCUGGUCUUUUCACAAGUCUACUUUCCAAGGUUCAACAUCUGGCUUUGAGUGGAGAGAACAGCCAAACUGGACAAAACAUAGAGAUGAAGAGUCGGAUGUGGGAAGUGAAACUGAGUCCGAUAGUGAGUGCUGCUCUGUAGGAUCAAGUGAUGACAGAGUAAUGCUUGGUUUGCCUCCAAGUGGUCCCUUAAGGAUUGAAGACGUUAAAAAUGCUUUUCGCCUGUCAGCAUUAAAGUGGCAUCCUGACAAACAUCAAGGCCCUUCACAGGCAAUGGCUGAAGAAAAAUUCAAACUCUGUGUUAAUGCAUACAAAUCAUUAUGUGAUGCUCUGUCCAGCAUUUAACCGAUAGGUUGCAGCCAAAUGCAUGCUGCCUCGACAGGAUUAAUUGGAAAACAAUAUAUACUAUGAAAUAUUACUGUCAUAUUCUUGCUUCACAGUAUGUGCAAGCUCUAGAUUAUUUCUGACCCUUCAGAAUCAAAUUGUGGCUGUGCUUGCCAAUCUGGUAAAAACCGCAUUCAAAAGUAUACACCAGGCUCUGGGUUUUGUUCUCUUUUCCCUUUUUUAUUUUUUAUUUUUUUUUUGUAACACUGGUUCUAGGUUUACUUUAUAAAGAGCGAUGUUGCACUUUAUUUUUUUUAUUUAUAUUUAUUAACAAACACUCAGUAUUAUUAUUUUGUACAAUAUUCUUUUUAUUUGUCGAUCA